AUUGGCUUCAACUCGAUCCACUGACUCAACACCAUGGCUACCUCUUUCAGAUCUCGAAUCCACUUCCCAAAUUUCCCCCUUUUUAAAAACCCACCAAUUUCUCCCCGUCUACUCCCAAUCAACGCCGCCCCGCCCCUCCGACGCCGUCGCCGGCCACUCGCAUCCUCAGCGCCGCCGGCGAAAUCCAGACCAAUCGCUGAGCCGUCGGAUUUGAAGAUCAUCGACCCAGAUGAGGGGUCAAGGGUCCUGAUCGUGGGAGCGGUUUCGGUGGGCGUGGUCCUGUUUCUGAUGGGGUGCGACGCCCAAACGGCGUCGGCUUUGGGCCCCGAAGGGCCGUUGGUGGAGGAAUUUUGGGACAAUGUGAGAAGAUAUGCAAUUUACGCCGUUACUGUGAGUACCGGUGCUCUUUACACCAUUUUCCUGCCCAUUUUCGAGCUCCUGAAGAACCCAAUUUCUGCUGUUCUUGUUUUGGCUAUUUUUGGGGGUGGGAUUUUCAUUGUCUCCCAGGUGCUCUCUGCCAUGGUUGGUGUCUCUGAAUUUUCCUAUGAUUAUGCCUAUUGACCACCCAAAAAUCUUCACUUUAUCUGUUUUGGCUUUUGGGAUUUCGUUCUGUAAGUGUAUGCGCUACUUGAUUAUCCAAUGCGUUCGAGAAUUUCGUAAAGUUCAUGUUAGAUUAAAAAAAAAGGCUGUUGAAUCUCUAAUGUUUUGACAUUUUAUAAUUACAUACACUUCCUGUCGAAGAAUGUUAAAUUUGAUUGACAAUACACUUGAGGAAUUACUGAUUUGAAA